UGACAAAUAUAACGAUGUGUUUCUCCAUGUAAACUUGUAUAAUUUCCUUUGCGCACAUCCUUUUUCCAAUGUAUCCAUCUCUUAAUCAAACGCUCUGUGGUGAACACCAUUAUCAGUAUUUGAUUGAAAGCCAUUAUGCUGACACCAAACUUGGGUAUAAAAGAGACAACCUGCUGGGAAUCAGCAGUUGUGCACUGGAGACAUCACGCUCAUCGCACUUUGUUGUGUACAUAUCUCAUCCUAUCUUCACAGAGAGAAUGUCAGGGAAAGUUUUCGUGGUAUUUGCGCUGCUGGUUGCUCUGCUUGUGUCUGGAGCAGCUUCCACAACUGAAACCGGAGAGACUGAGGAGACAAAUGUUCUCAAGCAGCUUCUAACUAAACACGAGAUGGCAAAAGACUCGGCUGGAAGACAGAGGCAAGCACCCCGCACUCACUCUGCACGGCUGGAACGACGGGCGCACCUUUCAGUUGAUGAGCGCGAGAUAAUGACCAAACAAAUAAUGCAAGCAAUUUCAGAGCUGAUGAACUCCGAGUGCAUGACGGAUCGGGACUACCAGGGCUGGGUGGAUUUUGGCCGCCGGGACACAGAAUGAGGCACAUCACAACAGCUGGAGAGCUGGCGCACUGCUUUUUUGUUCAGAUUUUAUAAAAAAGUGGACGUUUACUUCCCAUGCAACUUUCGAAAUAAACA